AUGGUGAACACAAUCGUCACGUUCGGAAAUAAUCAAGUUUCAUCAUCUACACCAUUUCCUAUAAUUGUUAAAACUGAUAAUAAAUCAAUAUUACAACGACGACUUUAUUUAAUUAUUGGAAUAUCGACACUUAUCAUUAUCUUAAUUCCAACAAUAUUAUCAAUUGAAAAAGAUCAAGAUGACUUUACUUUUCAUACUCUUUUCAUAGUUCAUGCAAGUUUUCUAUUAAUAUUUUUCGUUUCAAUUGCAAUAUAUAGAAAUAUUGGCGAUGGUCUAACAAUAAUACCCACUCUUGUUCUUUUGGCAAUAUACAGAACAGUUCAUUAUUUAAUUCGAUAUCGUUAUUGUUGCACAAAUUCUCGAAAAGAUUUUCUUGUUUCAACGAUUCAAUUAACAACUAUUUUAAUAUUUGUUGUUACAUAUAUUCUUUGGACAUAUUUAUUAAUACGAAAUAAACAUCGAAAGAAAAUCAUAAAACAACCAAAAAGUUUUGAAACAGCUCAAAAAAGAAUAUUUUUCUCAUUGUUAAGUCUUAAUUUAAUGUUAACAAUUUCAUCCUUAAUUCUACAUAUACGUCAUCCGCACUCGUUCGGUCUAUAUGAAAUACUUCUUCUUUCGAUUGGUGUACCAUUUGCUUUACUUUGGUGUACAGCAGGUGUCUUAAUGUCGGUAUUUCAAAAUUGUUUAAGUAUAACAUCGUUCUAUUUCUUGUCAUUGAUUCAACCAUUUCAUUUAAUUUAUUUAAUAUUUCAAGCAGUAAAUGAAUUAAAUGGUUUAUCAUCUGAAAAUGAAAUAAAUAAAUCUUUUCCUAUGAUAAUUAUUAGUUUUGUGUGUGUUAGUACUAAUUUUUUUGUGCAUUUAUUUACAACAAUAGCUGGUUGUUGGAUGAUAUCAAAAACUGAAAAACCUAUUACCAAUAUUGGUUGGUUAUUAGCGAAUACUUGA